AUGUCCCAACGGUCACAGACACGCGUCCACCGCAACCACCCGAACUUCAUGUCCCCGUCUUACCAAGCUGAUAACGAUGCCGCAUUGCGGGCAUCGCUCACCACUCUGCUCUCCUGCGCCGCUGCGGCCAGGGGACUACCUAAAUCUAAGGAGGAUACCAUUGCUGGUCCUUCAUCUAACCCACUAACCGGCACUGGCGUCGGUCCCAGCUCGCAACCCAUGGAACUUCGGCUCGUCGACGAGUCCGAGCUGAUGGCAGAGCAGUCUGCGAGGGCGCAGCCGCCAACCGGCAAGACUCCCCCCAGGGUCUCGCAGCAAAGCCGGACGGCGUCCAACUCCAGCGCUCCCAGCGGCCCCGCCUCGGCGUCGUCUCGCGACGACAAGAGCAAGAGGGCCGCAGCCACGCAGUCGAAACCGGCGCGCGCCACCAAGAAGAAGAAGACGGCGGCCGCCAUCGACGGGGAGACGGCGACGUUCCUCAGCCCGACGCUGCUGUCCUGGGUCGUCAGCGCAGGCGUCGUGGUGCUCGUCUCGGUCGUCGGCUUCGGCGCCGGCUACGUGAUUGGCCGGGAAGUCGGACGGCAGGAGGCCGGGCUGGGGAUGGGCGGGGGCACGUCCGGCGCGGGUGCUAAUGCCACCUCGUGCGGCCAGGAUCUCGUCAGGGGGACACCCGGCGGCACGCUGAGGCGGUUCAGAUGGGGCACGGCGAUGGGUCGCAGUGUGGCUGCGUAG